GAGGUACGGAAUUGCCGGGAACACAAACACUGUUUCGUCUGUUUGGUACAGAUUUGGUGCAUUGCUUACCAAUAUUUAAAAAUGAAGUUUCGUGGGAAAAUGAUUGAUCCUAAUUGCAUUAAGCAAUUUAUAGGAAUUUUAGGUUGCAUGACAAAACUUGGAAAAUCAUGCAUACUUAGGAUUACCACAACUGAUUUAUAUUUCAUCGUUCGAGAAUCUCAGACAAUAUCCGCUUCUCCACUUAUCUGGUGUGCACUUGAUGAAGGCCAUUUUUUCUCUGAAUUUGGAAUGGAAGGAUUGAGCACUGUUGAUAAUGAAAUCUACCUUGAGUUUGUUGCAGAAAAUGUUGCAAGAACAUUGAGUGCAUUGAAGGUAUCAAGUGCAGCGAAAUCUGUGAAAAUCAAACUUACCAAAAAGUUGUCAUCUCCUUGUCUUACUUUUGAAAUUGAUUUGCCAUCAGGUACUAAUCAUUCACGACUGGUUGUUCAUGAUAUACCUGUAAACUUAGUUCCAAGGCGGCUAUGGAAUGACUAUCUUGAGCCAGAAGCUAUGGAUCCAGAUAUAUCAGUGCACAUGCCGCAGCUCCGCUUAAUGAAGAGUAUUGUUGAACGGAUGAAAAACCUUGCUAAUAUGGCUAGAAUUCAUGUCACAUCAGAGGGAUUAUUAACAUUGACCGUUGAAACCGAGGCUGUUUCCGUUACUUCGCAUUUCGAUAAUCUCCAUGUAGAAAAGAAAAAAGAAGAGGAAGCCAGUGUCACCAUCGAACUUAAGCGUCUAUCAAAUUUUCUAGGUCAUGAACAACUAAACCCCCAAAAAGUGGUGUGUGAUGUGUUGCAGUCGAAACUGAUGCAUUUGAACUUCCUAAGCGAUAGUUACACUUUACAAUACUUCCUACCAGGAAUUAACGAUCAAUAACGAGAAAAAAAACUUUCCUGAGUUCCCUUGUUGAUUUAUUAGAGUGGUCUUAACUUGAACGAUUACAUAGGGCUCACAUUUA